UUGAGCCAGAUUUGGCUUGCUGGGAAUCGAAGGCUAGGUAUUAACUUCUGUAACAAGUUCCUUAAGGUAGCCAGUGAAAAGCUGAGAAGUUGCUUGCCGUUUGCUGUAGUUGGAAGCAAUCUUUUGAAAGAGGAAGGCGGGAAGAAGAUUAGAUAUAGAGAGUAUCCAUGGGGAGUUGUUGAAGUGGAAAACAUGGCGCAUAAUGAUUUUAUCCCACUCCGUGAUAUGGUUGUUCGAACUAAUUUGAUUGAUAUGAUCGAUGUGACCAGAUCUGUACAUUAUGAAAAUUUCCGACUUCGUCAGAUGGAUAAGCUUCCUAAGCAUGCUUUGGAUAAGGAUCCCUUCACUCAAAUGGAAGAAGACCGCAGGAAGAAAGAGAACGAGUUGGCCGAGAAGAAAAAGAGUUUUGAAAAGCUUGACAUCCGUGAGCGCGACCUCAAGCAGGAAAUUGACUUGCGAAAAGCUGAGUUGGAAAGACUGAAGCAAGAGAUUGAAGAUCUUCGUCGAGGCAGCAUUGGCGACUCGAAGACAUCACUUUCCAUGACAAAUGAAAAUUCAGGCAAAAGUUCGCCCACUGACAAGAUAAAGAAAAAAAGCGGAACACUGGGACUUUUUAACAGAAAUUAA